AUGACACUGAAUAUAUUCGAGAAUGUUGAUAGGCCUAAUCCAUCUAAUGAAGAAUUAAAUACGCAAAGAAAAUGGACACGUGCAUACAUCGUCCUAUUAAUCAUAAUAAUUGCUAGUGUCAUUUAUAUUACCAUGCUGUCUUAUCGAACAGAUACAACGACUCUAGAGAAACCAACAUUAGAUGUAUAUGCAAAAUUACCAAAGUCAGCCGACUGUCUUUGCACUAACUUGUCUAUUCCUUAUCACACUUUUAUCGAUUUCAAUCCACAAUUUCACGAAGUAUGCAAAAGUCAUUUUAUUGAACCAAAUGGCGAAUGGAUGUCAUUACUAUAUGAUUCGUAUACAGAUCAACGACAUAAUAAACGAAACCUUCGUACAUUUCAAGGUAUGGCAAUAUUUCAUUUUCAGGCAAUACAAGCAAUGUGUAGAAUGGCUAUAAUGGCUGUCAGUAAUGAACUUACUCUCUUUCUGAACUCGACUUUAACCACUGUUGAAAUACUUGAACCCGAUCUAUUCGAAAAGAAAAGAAAUACUACUAUCAACAAUUUUUGCUUCAACACGAUGCACUCAAAUUUUCUUUAUCCAUUACAAUUGAUUCGGAAUAUGUAUUCUGGAAAUGGUUUAAUUUCAGCACUUACUACAAACUGGCAUCCAGUAGUUGCACAUGAGGCAACUAGUGGAUGGAUCUAUAUGCAAGCUGAAAAAUAUAAUCUAUCAUCAUGCAAUUGUGCGACAAUGCCAGGUUGUGUAGAACCGAUGUCUCUUGAAUUGAACUCAGGAUCCAAUUAG